AUGCACGCCAAGGCGGCCGCGACGGACGCCGCGACCGAGUCCCCCAAGCUCGGCGCGCUCGAGGACGUCAGGUUCGACAACCGCGUCCUGCGCGAGCUGCCCACCGAGCCGCUGCCUGAGAACCCGAUGGACAACGCGAAGCCGCGGCCCAUGGUGCGCGGGUUCUGCUUCUCCCGCGUGCCCAUCCAGCCGCUCCCGAACCCGCGCGUGGUGGCCGCCUCGCCCGACGCACUGGCCCUGUGCGGCAUCAGCAGCGACCAGGUGUCGCGGCCGGAGUUCGCCGAGGUCUUCUCCGGGUCCAAGCACCUCCAGGGCUCCACGCCAGCCGCCCACUGCUACUGCGGGUUCCAAUUCGGCAACUUCGCAGGUCAGCUCGGGGAUGGCGCCGCGAUGUACUUGGGCGAGGCGGUGCGCUCCGACGGGGAGAGGUGGGAGAUGCAACUCAAGGGGGCCGGAAUGACGCCGUACUCCCGCGCCGCAGACGGCCGCAAGGUCCUGCGCUCGAGCCUGCGCGAGUUCCUGUGCUCGGAGGCCAUGCACGGCCUGGGCAUUCCCACCACGCGCGCCGGCUGCGUCGUCGUCUCCGACGCCACGGUCGUCCGCGACGUGUUUUACAACGGUAACGCGCAGCGCGAGCCCUGCGCCGUGGUCCUGCGCAUCGCGCAGACCUUCCUGCGCUUCGGCUCCUUCGAGAUCUUCCGCAAGACCGACCCGCUCACGCAGCGCCAGGGCCCCUCGCACGGCCUCGAGCAGGACAUGAUGCCGCCGAUGCUUGACUUUGCAACCUUCGCGUACUUCCCAGAGGUGUUCGCGACGUUCUGCGGGGACGUCGGGAUCGGCGCGGACGUGCCGCGGGAGGAGCAGUACGCGCGCGUGAAGGCGCUCCCGACGGACGCGAAGCGGGAGAUGUACAAGGGCUUAGUCAGGGAGGUGUGUUUGCGGACGGCGCGGCUGGUCGCGGGGUGGCAGGCCGUGGGGUUCUGCCACGGCGUCCUCAACACGGACAACAUGAGCCUCACGGGCGUCACCAUCGACUACGGACCCUACGGAUUCCUCGACCGGUAUGAUCCGGCGCACAUCUGCAACUGGUCCGACGACGGCGGGCGGUACGACUACCGGUCGCAGCCCCGCCGCUGCUCGGAGAACCUCCUGAAGCUCGUCGACGCCCUGAAGCCGGUCGUCGGCGCCCUGGACUCACAGGUGUCCGCCUUCACGCAGGAAUACGACCGCGAGUACCUCAGGCGCAUGCGCGAGAAGCUCGGCCUGGUCUCCGAGUCCGCGGAGGUGGAGCUGCGCGAAGCGGACUCGAAGCUGAUCGAGCGCCUGUUUACUACGAUGGAGGCGACGGGCGCGGACUUCACGAACGCUUUCCGGGCGCUGAUGCUCGUCCCGACGCCCAAGAACGACGGCGGUGCCGCGAACGGCAACGGCGGCGGCGGCGGCGCGGGCGGCGUGCCCGCGGGGUGCGAGGCGGCGCUGGACGCGCUGAUGGCGACGCGCCUGUCGCUGCAGGACCUCAUCGCGGCCACGCAGCCGCGGAUCCCGGAGAAGAACCUGCAGAUGGUGCUCAUGGCCGUGCAGCGCGAUCCGAACAUCCUGUUCCAGCUCGGGAUCUCGAAGGAGACGCUGGAGGCGGAAAUGAACAAACAUGAGCGGGUGCGGGAGCUCGAGGCGACCAAAGCUGAGGACAGGGACCAGGCGGACCGCGCGCUGUGGUCCGCGUGGCUGCGGGAGUACUGGACGCGGCUGGAGAAGGAAGCCGGCGUGGGAGGCACGACGCACGAGGAGCGCUACGAGGCGAUGCGCGGGGCCAACCCGCGCGUGGUGCUGCGCAACCACCUCGCGCAGCACGCGAUCGACGCGGCGGAGCGCGGGGACUUCUCGGAGGCGCAGCGGCUGUUCGAGGUCCUGCGGAACCCGUACGCGGACCCGGCGGGGCCGGAGGGGGAGACGACGGUGGACGGGUCGCUGCGGUACGACAUGCCGCCGCCGCCCGAGGUGGAGAAGAAGUGCGUGAGCUGCUCGUCGUAG